AUGACAUUUCUCCCUUUACAUCAUACUCCGCAAAUUCUGUGUCUUCUCCUGAUUAUAUCUCAUAUAGCAGCACAAACGGGCACGGAUUCUACAUGUUCGUCGAAUUCAACAAGCUCAUGCAAGACUUACGUUGUCUAUCGUGCACAAUCACCGGACUUCUUGAAUCUUGGAUCAAUAUCGGAUCUUUUUGAGGUUAGUCGUUUAUCACUUAAGAAAGCUAGUAAUUUGAGUUCGGAAGAUGUGCAACUUAUUCCCAAUCAGCUCGUACUAGUGCCUGUUUCAUGUGGUUGCAGCCGAAGCAAUUUCUCCGCCAAUAUCACUUAUCAAAUUAAACCAGGAGAUAGUUAUCAUGUACUUUCUAUUCAAUCAUUUGCGAAUCUUACCAACUGGCACACUGCAAUAGAUUUUAACCCUACUUUGAAUCCAAAUUCUUUAAAGAUUGGUGUAGAAGUAGUUAUUCCAAUUUUUUGUAAAUGCUUAACAAAGUCUCAGCUGGACAAAGGUCAUAAAUUUCUUUUAACUUACAUAUGGCAACCUGAUGACAAUAUGGCGCUAGUGAGCUCAAUGCUAAAUUCAUCAGUUGAUGAUAUUGCUGCUGCAAAUAACUACAAGAAUUUCAGUGUUGCGGUUGGGUUUCCUGUGUUUAUUCCGGUAAAGCAAUUACCUGCUCUCCGUCAACCAUCUUACUCACCUCCACCUGUGACAAAGAAAUCAAGCCAUCCUCCAAUUGUCGCAGUUACUUUAAUGGGAGCUCUCAUUUUCGUUUCUGUAUGCUUAUUGAUAUUAAUAUCUUUGCGAAGUCACAGAAGAAAGACGUUGGAUCCGGAGGAUACGGGUUUGGACACUGAUGACUCUAUAGUAACUAAGGCGAAUUCAGGACCCAAGGCUGUGGAUAAGCUAUUGCCGGGGGUUUCUGGCUAUUUAGGCAAGGCUGUCAUGUAUGAGAAGGAAGUUAUAAUGGAAGCAACCAUGAAUUUUGAUGAACACUGCAGUAUAGGUGGCUCGACUUACCGGGGUACUGUACAAGGGAAUGUGGUUGCUGUGAAGAAGGCAAAACACGACAUUACAAAUGAGCUGAGGUUACUCCAGAAAGUAAACCAUGCAAAUCUGGUGAAAUUUAUGGGUAUUUCCACUGAUACAGAUAAAUAUUACUUCUUGGUUUAUGAAUUUGCCGAAAAUGGGUCCUUGGAUAAAUGGCUGACCCCUAAGGUGUCAUGCUCGUCAAGUUCAAUAAACUUCCUAACAUGGGAUCAAAGGUUGAGCAUAGCGUUGGAUGUUGCCAGUGGUCUUCAAUACUUGCAUGAACACACUCAACCAAGAAUUGUUCACAUGGACAUCAGAACAUCAAACAUACUUCUCGAUUCCAAGUUGAAGGCGAAGAUUGCAAACUUUUCUAGGGCCAAACCACUUACAGACUCUUCCAUACUCAAAGCCGACGUUUUCGCCUUUGGGGUUGUCUUGUUAGAAUUACUGUCAGGAAAGAGAGCUACGGAAGCAAAAAAAGGUGGUGACAUGGUGAUGUUGUGGAAAGAAAUUAGAGUGAUUCUUGAAGUCGAAGAGAGAAUAGAAGAACGGCUGCGGAGAUGGAUGGACCCAAACCUGAAGAACUCAUUUUCAAUUGACAGUGCAAUGAGCUUGGCAACCAUGGCAAAAGUGUGCACGGGGGAGAAAUCCUCGUCGAGGCCAAACAUGGCAGAAAUGGUUUACAAUCUUUCUGUUCUAAAUCAACAAUCUUCUGAGGCCUUAGACACGUCUUGGAUAGGUGGUUUAGAAGCACAAGAGUCUAUUCAAAUCAUAAGUCCAUUAGCAGCACGUUGA